GGACUCUGUGAGCCGUCCAUCCCUUGUUCCAUGUCCGGCAGACCCGACGAUGAGGGCGUGGCUGCCCCAAUCCAUCAAGCCGGGGAUUUUUUUGGCGUCUAUCUACUCCAAACGCAAAAUCCCAGAUUCCGAGAAGCGAUUAAGCAUGGCCGCCUCAUCCAAUGGUACUCGGAAGAACCAUGACGAGUUUCAGUACUUGGACCUGGUCCAGAAAAUUUUGGAUCAAGGCAAUCGCAAGGGUGAUCGCACCGGUACGGGAGUCCGCUCUAUUUUCGGCGCUCAAAUGCGAUUCUCCCUCCGAGAUGGAACUUUUCCGCUCUUGACCACGAAGACCUUGUUCUACCGUGCCAUUGCUGAGGAGCUCUUUUGGUUCAUCCGAGGAUCGACCAAGGCCCAAGACCUUCAGGAUAAGAACGUUCACAUUUGGGAUGGAAACUCGUCUCGAGAAUAUCUAGACUCGAUUGGUCUCACCCAUCGAGAAGUGGGUGAUCUGGGCCCCAUCUACGGAUUCCAAUGGCGUCAUUUCGGUGCCAAAUAUUCCGACAUGCACCAGGAUUACUCUGGCCAAGGCGUGGACCAACUCAAGAACCUUAUCCACACCAUCAAAACAAAUCCCAACGACCGGAGGAUGUUGAUGUGUGCAUGGAAUCCGGUGGAUCUUCCCCAGAUGGCCCUGCCACCUUGUCAUUGCUUGGUCCAAUUCUAUGUGGCUAAUGGAGAGCUCUCCUGUCAGUUGUACCAACGAUCGGCUGACAUGGGUUUGGGCGUACCGUUCAACAUCGCUAGUUACGCUUUGUUGACGCACAUGAUUGCUCACGUGACCGGGUUGAAGGCCGGCGAGUUCGUGCACACGUUGGGCGAUGCCCACGUGUACAACAAUCACGGUGAUGCGUUAACCGAGCAACUAAAGCGAGAGCCCUAUCCGUUUCCCAAGUUGAAAAUCAAGCGAACCGUAACCGACAUCGAGGAGUUUGGCUUUGAUGAUUUCGAGUUGGUGGGUUACCAAGCCCAUCCCAAAAUCAAUAUGAGCAUGGCCGUGUGAGUGAGAUGCGGUUUUGACCGACCAUAUUGCUACGCUUGAGUUGAAAUAAAGUACUAUUUUUAAAAAAUCUA